GGUCCAUACUUCACAAAACUGCCUGGAGAGACCUAAUACAAUGGCGAGGGAUGAUUUACAUGAGUGGCGUGCACUUCACAAGACAAGAUGAGGAAUACAUACAAAGUCUGCAAACUGAGCAGGAAAGGGACACUCUGGUUCCUGAAGAGACCACUCCUCAAAACAUCUCAUCUGGGUCCUCUGAUACCACUGCUGGCUUCCUGGAUUUGAGUCAUGUCAAAGAAACUACCGAACCAGAUCUGAAAACCUUACUGACAACUCUGGCAUCAAAAGUCUGGAUUGGAGAGACGCCCAGCAGUAAUAUGAUCAAUGUAUGCAGAGAAAACAUAAUGGAUGGUGCCAUGCGAGCCUUUACAAGAAGGAGUUUCAAUCCAGAGGCCAAAUUAAGCGUCAUAUUUAUGGAUGACUUCAUGCAAGCAGAAGGUUCAGUGGAUGAGGGGGGCCCUACACGGGGGUUUUUCCGACUGCUCUCAGAGAUAGCAGCCUAUUUACAGGGCCACAGUAAGAACCUGUCCCUGGACAGCCACGCAUUACACAGAGGUCUCUACAGAACCUAUGGAGUUAUGAUGGCUGUGGCGCUGCUGCAUGGAGGAGUGUUGCCUUCUUUUUCUGGAGAGGCUCUACCAAAACCUCUGCUCUACACCACCACCGUGGAGGGACGGGACCGGCUGGUUCAGGCUGCCACAAGUUUCUACGUGGAAGGACAAAAGACCUCCCAACAGUGA